AUGAGCAAUCGAAGCCACCGUGGAUUAAGCCUCCCACGUGAUUUCAAACACUUCACUAGUCAGCGACGUCAUGCCUGCAGCAUUGACACAGCGCACGGCUAUUUGAAGCUGCGCAAGAGAUUCUACAUUAAUGACGUGGGUCGAGCUAGAAAGGUCCGCCGAUUCCACCAAAGCCCAGUCCGUCAAGUCCAGAGAUCCAGCACGCGCGCCAUCACCAAAGAUGACAAAGUGUCGCAGCUCAUUGGACACGUCGCGUGCUCUUUCGCGAAGCCGUCCAAGCGCACUGGUCAAGAAAAGCUUUCCGACGCACUCAGCAUUUUGGGCGAGGCGGAAGAGGCUGAUAGCACGGCUCAACAAGCGGCCCAAAAAGCCUGUCGCCUCCACGCGGAAGACCUCGCAGAAUUGCGGAUUGGCUCUGAAGAAAUCCAUAUCCAAGGCAGGGUGAUUCGAUCUCUGCAUAUGAUUCGUGAGGGCCUCCGCUUAGAACAAUCCGCGCUCUGGGAUGACGAGAACCUGCUCAUGGAUCUGGUGUGGGACUCGGUUGAUGCCUACCAUGAAGCCAUAUUUGUCUCCGAUGGAGCCGACCUUGCACAGGAAGCCGAGGCCAUUGCGCGCCUUGGCAUCAUUUAUUCCAAGAUUCUCAAGCAGCCUGUCCGCGGCAAAAACUACUGCGUUAAGGCUUUGAACUUGGCCAGCUCGCUUCACCCGCGCGUCUUCACCUUUGUUCCGUGGCAUCAAACUGCUUCAGACAUUGUGAAGGCCUACCAGGAGGAGCUUGUUGCACGAGAACGUAGUGCAUGGGAAGCAAAGCGCAAGCCUUACUUGGAAAAAUUGGCGCCCGAAUUGAAGAAGCUUGAAGAAGCCUCGACCGAAGGCCUGGACAGCCUCAUCGACAUGAUCUACGACAAGCACCCCCCAUUGAACAAGAAGCAUACCAAGCCCACUGCCGAGGGGAAAAAGCGCAUCCAACACGCCAUUCGGCACUACCACCCCGACAAGGGCAAUGUCUCUGAGGAGACCAAAGUGCUGCUCGAGGAAAUCACCAAAUUGUUGACGGCCCACCUGAACGCCGCCAAGGGGUUGUAG